GAGAUUGAAUCAUUGAAGCAGACGGAUCCGCCCUAGCGUCACUACUUGUUGCUCAUCGUCUGUUCAGCGACUCAGCUUUCGUCAGUUUCCUGGUUAUUGUGCUUGAAGAGACCGCUGUAUUCAUCGUCUUUUUGAUAAAAUGCCCGAAGUUACUCAACCAAAGCAGCCGAUGGCUCCAGCCAUCCACAGCAAUUUUGUCACCCGCAUUGCUGGACUUCCAGUGAUCGCGACUGCUCUGGGAACCGCGACGAACUCGUACAACAGAGUGAAAGAGAUGAACGGACUGCUUACCUACACAUUGAACACAGCCGAAAAGUCUGCUUCGUUCGCUGUGAACCAAACGAUUCCAGUCAUUCAAAAGUUUGCGACUCCCAUAGAGUAUGUAGACUCUCUGGCUUGCAAGGGCCUCGACAAGGUGGAAGAAUCGUAUCCGAUCGUCAAGAGCCCUCCUGGUGAGAUUCUGUCGGAGGCCAUGGCGCUCGGCCGCAAGACGUACGGAGAUGCGAAAGACACUGGGAUCACAAAAGUGAAUAACUUGAAGACUUAUUCAUCCGAAAAACUUCAAGCCCUGACCUAUCCUGCUCAAGCACUGACUGUGUAUGGAAGCGAGCUAAUGAAAUACGCCAACGUAGCGCUCACUGCCACUGAGAAUUCUCUGGAUCAGCACAUUGCCACUCUCGGGUUGGAACCCGAAACUUCCGAUCCCAACUCCAACUCGGUCCCGCUGAGGCAACGCUUCGACAACAUCUCUCGGAAAGCCAGCACCUGCGUGUCUCAUCACGCAGCACUGCAGUUUGCUGCCCUGCAGAAGUACACGACGGAUUCACUGACCAAGUUUCAGGUGGCGCUGCAGGUCAUUCAGGACAUGAAGGCAAACCUCACUGCUUCCGAUCAGUCUUUUCGCACCACACUGACUAAUCUUAACGUCGGAUCUGCCUGGCUUCAGGGACUGCUUGCCGACACGGAUGCCUCACCGGAAGGGCCUAAGCCUCUUCCCGUUCAAGCUCUUCUGAUCGCCCAAGCCACCGCGAAGCAAGCAAGUGCAGCCUUGCACGUUCCCUCUGCUGUCGUACAGCACAUGUCAGAAUCUGUUCGCAAUUCCUACACGAGGCUUACGGCUGGUGUCUCCCAACUGGCUCACGACUUGGCUAACGUUCGCUCCGUCAACGACCUCACGACUGUAGCCGUUACGCAGCUUCAGCAGCAGGGUGCUGCCCUCCAGUCUUCUCUCAAUCAGUUCACAUCUACCGGAUUUAACUGGCUUGCCUCACUUCCCGUUUUCGACAGUAUUCUACGACCAGAUGUGGAAAUGGAAGAAGUUCCCCCUGGCACGAAGGCCUAUUCUUCUGAGGACUCGGAGAGUGACUCCUAGCUUGCAUUAUUAUUAAAAGCUGCUUGUAAUCUAAGACAGCAACGGCGAUGUACUCCUCGGUAUAUUAUGUAUACUUCAGCCUGAUAUAGCUGUAAUGAACAGUCAAUAAAUGUACACUAUUCCUUUUAAGUCUGUA